AUGAGUUUUCACUCACAAAUUCUAAAGUCACCCUCUACCGUUAUGAUUCCUGUUCCUUUCAGCGGUGGCCAGCCGCGCAAGGGUGUGGAACAUGGUCCAGAGGCUCUCAUGAAGGCUGGUCUACAAAAUCAGCUCGAGACACUUGGGUGGAAGUUUGAACAGGAGCAGGCUAUCCCCUGGGACCAAAUCAACUCAAUGGAUGAAAAAAAUGAUGGCGCAAAAAUCAUGAAUGCGCAUUCUGUGUCUAAAGCUAGUCAGCAUGUUGCUGAUGCUGUCGAGAAGCAUGCUAAGGCUGGCAAGCUUCCGCUGACAGUGGGUGGAGACCACAGUCUUGGCACCGGCACGAUGAUCGGUACAGCACGAGUAUACCCCGACGUUGCCUGUAUUUGGGUGGACGCCCAUGCCGACAUCAACACAGCACAGACAACCCCCUCAGGAAACCUGCAUGGGUGUCCAGUUUCAUUCGCGCUUGGUCUGGAUGGCUCUUACAUCGAGCCUUUUAAACAAUGGAUUCCUGAGCCGACCAAGAACGUCCAUAACCGAAUUGUGUACAUUGGGCUGCGCGACAUCGAUGAGGGAGAGCGUAAAAUUUUGAAAGAGCAUAAGAUUAAGGCUUUUACUAUGCACCACGUUGACAAGUUUGGCAUCGGUAAGGUUGUAGAGAUGGCUUUGGAUCACAUCAAUGGUGACACUUCUCGUCGCGAUCGUCCAAUUCAUCUAUCUUUUGAUGUCGAUGCCAUGGACCCAAGUGUGGCUCCUAGCACUGGCACGCCUGUUCGAGGGGGUUUGACUUUCCGUGAAGGUCAUUAUAUUUGUGAAGCCAUUGCUGAGACUGGCUCGUUGGUCGCUAUGGAUAUGGUUGAGGUGAACCCGCACCUUGAGAAGCAUGCCGCCGAGCAGACAAUCGCUGUGGGAUGCUCGCUCAUUCGAACUGCGCUUGGUGAGACGCUCCUGUAG